CAGAGCCGGAGCCUGGGCGGAGCCAGCCGGGCACUAUCGACUGACUCGGGGGGCCUCGGCUGGUGGCACGCCGUACUUCUGCAGUGCGCCGCCGACCCUCGCCCUCGAUGCUCGCCGCUGCCGCCGCCGAGCGUCCCACGCGACGGCCCCCGACGGCCCCCUGACGCGGCCCCAGUGCAGUGAGCCGACGCACGCAGCCCCCGUCCCCCGAGCCCCUGCCCCCCUUCAGCGAGAGACCCCGGUGCGCGGUGGUGCCCCGACGGGCCGAUGCGACGGCCCCCGGGCAGGACUCGCCAGGCCCCCGAGGCCCCCCGACCGACCCACGUGGCCCCCCGGCCCCAGCUGGCUGACCGGCCCGCGCAGUGCGACGUGACAACCAGUGCGAUGCUCCGCUGCCCGCCACCGCGACUUUGAGUGUUCAGUGCUUCUGGCAGGACGGGGUGCGAGCAUGUGGGUGGUAGUGUGGGGGCUUGUGUGGGGACUGCUGGCCCCCGGGCUGGAGGCCAACCCCGACGCCAAGAGGCUGUACGACGACCUGCUGUCCAACUACAACAGACUCAUCAGACCCGUCGGCAACAAUUCGGACCGUCUCACCGUCAAGAUGGGCCUCCGCUUGUCCCAGCUCAUCGACGUGAAUCUGAAGAACCAAAUUAUGACUACGAACGUGUGGGUAGAGCAGGAGUGGCACGACUACAAGCUCAAGUGGAACCCCGAGGACUACGGAGGAGUGGAGACGCUGCACGUGCCCUCGGAGCACAUCUGGCUGCCCGACAUCGUGCUCUACAACAACGCCGACGGCAACUACGAGGUGACCAUCAUGACCAAAGCCAUCCUCAACCACACGGGCAAAGUCACGUGGAAACCUCCGGCCAUUUACAAGUCUUUCUGCGAGAUCGACGUCGAGUACUUCCCGUUCGACGAACAGACCUGCUUCAUGAAGUUCGGCUCAUGGACGUACGACGGAUACCUGGUGGACUUGCGGCACAUGGCGCAAACGCCAGGGUCGGAUACGAUAGACAUGGGCAUCGACCUUCAGGACUACUACCUGAGCGUCGAGUGGGACAUCAUGCGGGUGCCUGCAGUGCGCAACGAGAAGUUUUACAGCUGUUGCGAGGAGCCUUACCCCGACAUCAUCUUCAACAUCACUCUCAGGAGAAAGACCCUUUUCUACACGGUCAACCUAAUUAUACCUUGUGUGGGCAUCUCGUUCCUCUCGGUGCUCGUCUUCUACCUACCCUCAGAUUCAGGAGAAAAGGUGUCGUUGUGUAUCUCGAUUCUCCUGUCUCUGACCGUGUUCUUCCUGCUGCUGGCCGAAAUUAUUCCGCCGACCUCGCUCACAGUGCCCCUCUUGGGCAAGUACCUGCUCUUCACCAUGGUGCUGGUCACGCUCUCCGUCGUGGUCACCAUCGCGGUGCUCAACGUUAAUUUCCGGUCGCCAGUGACGCACAAGAUGGCGCCCUGGGUGUACCGACUCUUUAUUAAGACGCUACCAAAGGUGCUGUUCAUCGAGCGUCCGCAGCAGGACGACGAGGCGGAGGCGGUGGUGACGGCGUCGACGCCCGCCUCUGAAAACACGUGUCUGGAUGACUCCAAGUUUGAGUUCCAGAAGCAGCGGUAUAGCCCGGCGGAGUACGACAUCGCGGGCGGCCUCCGGUACGAGGGGGUGCCGUUCGAGGCAGCCGGCCUGCCGCCGCUGCCGUCGCCGCUGAUGCUGCCGGCGUCGCCCAACGAGGACGACGUCUGUCGGGACGACCUCAGCCCCUCGAUCGAAGGCUGCCUCGCGCACGAGAUCGAGAAGGCCAUCACGGACGCCCGCUUCAUUGCUCAACACGUCAAGAACAAGGACAAGUUCGAAAACGUGGAGGAGGACUGGAAAUACGUGGCAAUGGUGCUGGACAGGCUGUUCCUGUGGAUUUUCUCAGUGGCGUGCGUGAUGGGCACGGCGCUCAUCAUCCUGCAGGCGCCGUCGCUGUACGACACGACCCGGCCGAUCGACAUCCAGUACUCCAAGAUUGCCAAGAAGAAGCUGAUGCUGAUGAUGAUGGGCCCUGAGGAGGAGUGACCCCGUGAGCUUACAAUCAAUCAGUGCGGACGCUCAAGUAGUGCAUUCACCAGUCUUUCCUUAGUUUUACGACUCACCACGUGGGCUCUCGAGGGCCUGGGCCCGCAUUUUCCCCCCACCACCAAGCUUCUUCCUUUGCUUUCCUCCGACGAAUUUCGUACAAACGACUGAAUGUAUAUUUUACGCGUUUUCAUUCGAUCCUGGCGCUCGAAGGUCUCUCGAUCAGGGCCUGACAGUUCGGGUGGCCCUCGUUCGAAAGACCUUCGCAGCGGCAAUUGGCAUACACAGACACGGUUUAAUUUGGCGGUUAUACUCAACAUAAUCAACGGUGUAAAACGUUCCUAUCUCACACACUUAAAACACAAGAUACGACGGUUAAAAGUGUAAUUUUACUAAUUAAAGACAAACACGCAGCCUCUAAAUUGCAUUCGAUAAAAGGAAACGAAAUUUCUGGAGUGAAAAUUUGAAGCCCAGGCCCACUCAAAACGGCACCUCAAUCAUCGUCGCGACAAAUAAGAAGAGAUCAUAAAUUUAUUUUUAGCUAGCUCAUCUCAUGAGAUAUUUUUCGUUCUCGAGAAAAACUAAACGGAAUUUGCAUAAACACACCUAAGGUAAAAUAAUGUAACGCGCGCGCGAUAUACGUGUGACUAAAGUAAUUUAAAAGAUGCUGAAAAUGGAAACCAAUCACUCGGUUAGAGACCGCCGGCGGAGCCACUGUGCGGGUGAAUUGUUGCCAGAGGUUCAAGUGUCUUCCAAUCUAAAGGAAAUUUUUGCUACAACGAAUAAUUCAGUUGAAACCAAAUUUUAAUCCAAACGCCCCUUUCUUGGUUAACCGAGUAAAAUUUAACGUUUAAGCGUUGGAAAGAAGAUUAAUUUCGAAAUGAGUUGUCCCUGCAGGAAACCGUGGCUCCGCCGGCCGCGUCUCGGCACCAAAAUGUUACUAAAAAAGGUAAAAAUCGUUGUUGUUGUACUAUUUUAAUUAAUUAACCGAGCAGCUAACGCGAGGCGGCUGCCCCGCCCGCCGCGGGCCCCGCUCAAACCCAUGAUGUGCUGGGCCCCGGGCCCCGGCCGCCGGGGCCGCCCGCCGCUAAAUUUGCAUACUAACUGUCUCGCUGUGUAUAAUCGUCGUCAUUAAAGUCAACUCUAAAUGUCGUGCAUUUAAAAGUUAAGCAGGAAGGAAUUGAAAGUGAACUAACACACACCCACACACACACGCUGUUUUUCGCCCCGGCCGCGUCCACUCGGGGACAAAGGGCGCGGGCGGGGGCCCGCCGGCCCCACCCCCACCCUCCCCUUGACGGAAAAACGGGAAAAUUGCAUGGUUUAUAUAAUUAUAAUUAUUAAAAAGGAAAAAACCUCACCGAUCGCGCUGACAAAGUGGACAAACGGAAUUCACACACAAACACACACAAGUUUCUCUCUCUGUUGCUUCACUCGCCACCCCCGUCACCCCCUCAGCCCCGGUCACAGACACACAGAGAAGAGAAAAUGAAAACACUGCUCUCACAUACACUCACACAAGGACACACAAAACACCCACACUCGUACGUCUCAUGGUAUAUUUGCCGAUACGACAGUUGUUAAAUAAUGAGAGAAUCGACAGUUUUGCAAUUUAUUGUUGAAGCAUUCUGUAAAAAGACGACUCUGUUAUAUUUAAAAAGAAGACGAAGAAGAGCAACGUGCAACAAAUAAAAUAAACAAGACGUAAUAUUGAUAAUUUAUAUGACAAGAUCAUUAUACAAAGAUUAAUAAAGACAAAACAAGUUAUGUAAAAU